UCGACAUUGGAGAGGUUUGUGGCCACGAGGUUUUGAUUCUCCACAAAAAUUAUUUAAUUUCACCGGGUUUAAAAAGUUCACAAGUUUUAGUGCAAAUUUAAAAUGCCCUCUAGUAACCCGUUACCACCAAAAGAAAAUGCCUUAUUUAAAAGAAUUUUGAGGUGUUAUGAACAAAAGCAAUAUAAAAAUGGGUUGAAGUUUGCGAAACAAAUUCUUUCAAAUCCAAAAUUUACGGAACAUGGAGAAACACUGGCUAUGAAAGGGUUGACCCUAAAUUGCCUGGGAAGAAAAGAAGAAGCAUAUGAAUAUGUUCGAAGAGGUUUAAGAAAUGACUUACGUUCACAUGUCUGUUGGCAUGUCUAUGGCCUUUUACAAAGAUCGGAUAAGAAAUAUGAUGAAGCAAUUAAGUGUUACCGAAAUGCGCUUAAAUGGGAGAAGGACAACAUACAAAUUCUUAGGGAUUUAUCUUUACUACAAAUCCAGAUGCGUGAUUUGGAGGGUUAUAGGGAUACGAGGUAUCAGUUACUCAUGCUUCGACCUACACAGAGGGCUUCCUGGAUUGGUUAUGCCAUGUCUUUCCAUUUGUUAGAAGAAUACAAAAAUGCUUUAAACAUAUUAGAAACUUUUUUGGAUCAACAACAAAAAGGAAAUAAUUAUGACUAUGAACACAGUGAAUUACUUUUAUAUCAAAAUCUUGUGAUACAAGAGUCAGGAGACUUAAAAGAGGCACUAAAACACUUAGAGGCAUCACAAGACCAAAUUGUAGAUAAGUUAACGUUAAAAGAAAACUUAGGCGAUUUAAAUUUAAAAUUAAACCGUUUCGAUAAGGCUGCUGAAUAUUAUGAACAAUUAAUACAAAGAAAUCCUGAAAAUACUAUAUAUUAUAAAAAAUUAAUAGAAGCCAGACAACUUAGUAACCCAGAUGAUAUAGUGGAGUUCUAUUUAAAAUAUGCAGAAAUAUUUCCAAGAGCAAUGCCGCCUAGAAGACUGCCCUUGAAUUAUGCUGCUGGUGAACAAUUUAAAAGAUUGGUCGACAAAUAUAUGAGGAAAGCUUUGUCAAAAGGUGUUCCCCCACUGUUUGUAGAUUUACGAAGUUUGUAUACUGACAAGAGCAAAGUGGAACUGAUAGAGACAUUACUGAUGCAAUAUGUCGAAGCUUUAAAGAAAAUAGGUAAAUAUAGUGAGGCGGAAGUGAAUAACGGACCAAAGGAACCAGCAAGUGCUUUAUUAUGGGUGUAUUAUUAUUUGGCGCAACACUUCGACUACCUAAAUCAAACGGAAAAAGCUUUAAAUUACAUAAACGCCGCUAUCGAGCAUACACCGACGUUGAUAGAACUUUUUGUAACUAAAGGAAGAAUUUAUAAGCAUGCGGACGAUCCGCAGGAAGCAUACAAGUGGCUGGACGAAGCGCAGGCCUUAGACACAGCCGACAGGUACAUAAAUUCUAAGUGUGCCAAAUAUAUGCUCCGAGCGAAUUAUGUUAAAGAAGCGGAGGAAACGUGCGGCAAGUUUACUAGGGAAGGCGUGUCGCCCAUGGAAAACCUAAACGAGAUGCAGUGUAUGUGGUUCCAAACGGAAUGUGCCUUGGCAUACCAGAGACUUGGUAAAUAUGGGGACGCUUUGAAGAAGUGCUACGAGGUAGAUAGGCACUUCUCGGAAAUAAUAGAAGACCAAUUUGACUUUCAUACGUACUGUAUGAGGAAAAUGACUCUUCGAUCGUACGUAGGACUCCUUCGAUUAGAGGACGUUUUGAGGGGUCACCCGUUUUAUUUCAAAGCAGCCAAAUGUGCCAUCGAGGUUUACCUUCACUUGUUCGACGAGCCUCUGAAGGACGAGAGCGCGGAGCAGGAACUCAACACAGAAAAUCUGGCGCCUUCCGAACUGAAAAAAUUAAGAAACAAGCAGAGGAAAGCGAAGAGAAAGGCGGAGCAGGAGAGCGCUCAAGCGAGGGAAGCUCAGGUGAAGAGAGACCAACAUCACAAGUCGCGUCAGCAAGGCGACGUCGAGGCAGAUGCACCCCAAUUGGACGAACUUAUUCCGGACAAAUUAGCAAGGGUGGAUGAUCCACUUGAACAGGCCAUAAAAUUUCUACAACCCUUACAAACUCUGGCUAAGGAUCGAAUAGAAACACACCUGAUGGCUUUUGAGGUGUACUACAGGAAAAAAAAAGUCCUUCUCAUGCUCCAGUCUCUGAAACGCGCCCACAAAGUCGAUCCGAAAAACCCUAAACUUCACAGCUGCCUAAUACGAUUCCACCGGAUUAUCCAAGAACAGAAAGACGACUGGGAUCCCAGCGUGGAGGAAGUGAUCACACAGGAGACUAAGAUCUAUUUCGACGGGAAAGAUGCUAAAGAACUGAAUAAGGAAUUUUUGGAAAACAAUUCGAAUAGUUUAAGAGCCGUGUUUGAGGGGGCGAAGAUGAUGUACCACCUCGACAAUAAGAGCCAGAGCCAUGCAGUCAGUUUAGUUACCAGUCUGAACAAUAAAUACCAAGAUGUAAAUAUUGAAAUUUGUACAGAGAUACUAAAUUUGCUAAAAAAAGGCGACUUUGGAUGUUGCGAUGCUCAAUUAGAAGAAUUCGUUAAGAAGUGUAACUCGAGAUUUCCAUACACAGCGGCAUUCAAACCACCCUCGGAAUUGGUGUCCCCCAGCGAAACUAACCACGUGACGCAAGAGCAGGAUAACUACAACAGUAACUGAUGGCAGUUUAGAUACGGAUAGCAGACCGCUCCAACAACCGCGCAGGGAAACAACAGGUGUCUUAUCUGUGAGUGUGUGACAAUUAACCAAUAGCGUUUUCUUUUAUAUAAUUGAUAACUGAGUUAUGGUGGUAUAUUGGUAUACCUCAGGACUUAAUUUAAUAAAUUGUCUACAAAUUAUUUAUAUCUCAUUACUUUUUUUUUAUUUGUACAUUAAUUGUAAAUUAUUAUAUCAAUUUACAAGUAACAUUAUUAUGGCGAUUGUAACUUUUUAAAUAAAUAUCUGACUUGUAAAUGCCUACAAUUGACUUGAGGUUUUCGUGUUAGGAUGACAGAUCGUUUUGUUUGUAUACUUGGCGCGUUCGUUUAACAUCUAAGAUAUUCAAAUUUUAUAUAAGAAAUUACAUAUUAGUCCUUUAAUUUUAAUGAUUAAGAAGAGUGAAUACGGUGAUAAGACUUUUUAAAAAGCUGUUUGUAUUGUUGGGUUUUCUACUUGAGUGUUACUAGUGGAUUUAUCCAAAAUAUGCUAAUUUUGCUGACACUAUACCGUAGAACAGCUUCAUAUUUGUCAAAGGCAGAAUCUCUUACGAUUAUGGUGCGUUUUCCGUUAACUCUCGAUAUCGUCUUGUUUUUUAAUUACCGUGGAUUUUUAUAUAAUUUUUGUCGGUAUUGAAACGUGCACCAUGACGUCCCUAAAAUUUUCCCGAUUUCAAAUCACGAGGAUUAGCUACAGUUGUUCAUAAUUGAGCGUGUGAUUAAUAGUCAAUAUUGUUUGCGUGUAGUCUCAGCAAAUUAGUUAGACUUAUAAAAUUAAUCAUAUUCACUACAUGAGUUUGUAGAUAAUCAUUAUUAUGUACCGGCAUCAAUUUGGUACAUAAUCUUCAUUGUAAAUUUUGGUUAAUAAAAAAAUUAAGCAA